GCAUUCAUGGCCGCAUGGAAGGCAGCAUGCGCAGCAGUUGGUGUGGUCAAGCUUCACAUACCUGCAGGAACUUAUCUUAUUGGCCCUACUAAGUUUGCUGGUCCUUGCAAAAAUGUUCACUCCCUUACAGUGAAUAUGAAGGGAUACUUGAAGGCAACAACAGAUUUGAGCCAGUAUGUCACAGGUGACGAUUGGGUGGAAUUUGCAUGGGUGGAUAAGUUGAUAUUGACCGGAGGAGGGACUUUCGAUGGCCAAGGAGCUGUAUCAUGGCCCUAUAACAAGUGCCCUACAAAUAAACAUUGCAAAGUCCUCCCCACUUCGGUCAAGUUCGUUGCCACAUCAAACACUCUGGUACAGAACAUCAAAUCCUUGAAUAGCAAGUUCUUCCAUAUAGCUCUGGUUGGCUGCAAGAACUUCUGGGGCAAAAAUAUCCAGAUCACCGCCCCUUCAAACAGCCCCAACACCGACGGAAUUCACAUUGAACGGAGCACAGGCGUAACUAUAUAUAACUCGGUGAUCGGAACUGGUGAUGAUUGUAUCUCCAUUGGACAUAGUAACUCAGAAGUAUUACUGAGUGGCAUCAGUUGUGGACCAGGGCAUGGGAUCAGCAUUGGGAGUUUAGGAAGAUAUCAUAAUGAAGGGGACGUCCGAGGACUCGUCAUCAAAGAUAGCACCCUUGCCGGGACUUCAAACGGUGUAAGGAUCAAGACAUGGGAGAACUCUCCAGGAACCAGUAAGGCUGUUAACAUGACCUUUGAGAACAUUGUCAUGAACAGUGUUGCAAAUCCCAUCAUCAUUGACCAGAUGUACUGCCCCUACAGCUCUUGUGCAUCAGAUGCACCAUCUGGGGUGAUUCUGAGUGACAUCUUCUUCCGGAACAUAAGAGGGACGUCGACGACUCCGGUGGCGGUGACCCUCAGGUGCAGCAGAGGAGUGCCAUGCAAGAACGUCAAUCUCCAAGACGUCAACCUCAAGUACGUUGGCCAGCUUCCGGCCACUGCCUCGUGCAUGAACGUCAAAGCAAGCUACAGCGGGACCCAAAUCCCCCCACCUUGCCGCUAGGCAAACCGACCCAAAACUUAGCUAAUUGGCCCCCUUGGGGCUCGUUGAACUCAUUGAAGCCAUUCUUCCUGGCCUCCAUCUAAGGCUGGGUUACAUUCUUUCCUGUGGGUUGUAACCAUCUUACCAUCAAGCAUGAGUAAUUUGUUUUUGGAUUAUAUUUACAGGCUGUGGAAAUCCGGGGACUGAGUAAUUUGUUUUUGGAUGGAUUAUAUUGAGAGGUGGCUCUGGUUGAACCGCCAUUCUUUCUGUGGUUAUCUUUCUUUCUUUGUAUUUUUUGGGAACAAUGUUGUUAUCUUUGUUUA